AUGGAAGAAAUUAAUACUCAGAAAAUAGAAGAUUCUCCAGCUCCUUCUAAAUGGUAUAUUUGCAAUAGUGAAAAGUGUUCCUUAGGAGUUCCUAUUGAUAAUUAAAGGUAACCAGAAGAGGAUUUUGAAUUACAAAUCAUUUUUACUAAAUUAAAUUCAACAAUUGAUGAAACACCAUUUCAUGAAACUAAAUGCUAAAAAUAGAAAUAAGAUUUAUCUUACAAAGCAGAAUUCAAUAUGAAACACUUUGCAAUAUAUUAUUUGUAUUAACUGGUAUUUUUAAUUUGUAAAUUAGUUAUUUUAUAUUUUUGGUCCCUUUACAUGUAUAUUUCUUUUAAAUAAACCAAUGCUUAUGUAUAAUUUAGGAUUUUGGUCAUUUAGAUUAGAUGUUGCAUUUCAUUAUUUCUAAUGGGCAGGCCAUAUUUUUUCUCUUGUUAUGUAUUUUUAUUUUGGAUUGCUCUCAUCAUUAGAAAUGGGAUUGCUUUGGUUUUCUUUACUUACUCGAUCUAUAAUCAUAGCAGCUAAAUUCUCUACAUUAAAUGAGGAUAGAAUAUAAUUAUAUGAAGAAUCUCGUUUACCUGAAAAAACUAUUAAAUUUGAUACAGUUUUAUUUGAUUGGGCACAAUAAACUAAAAAACUUAAGUAUUUAGAAAUUGCUAGAUCAGCUAAGAGACAUGAUUUUGAUACACAAUUUUUUUACUUUGAUUUCAUAGUUGAACCUAUGGAAGAAACCUAAAAAGCACUUGUUUAAGAACAAAGUAUUGAAAUAGAUUCAAUUAGAAAUGGAUCAUAUAGUGGAAUCAAUCUGAUUUCCUAUUUUAUUGAAUCUUUUUAAUAAUUGAACACUCGUAAAUAUAUUCUUUUAACAUCAAUUAUGAUUAGUCUAAUCAUAGUUGUUACACCUAAAAUUAUCUAAUGUUACAAUUAUUUUUAUUAACCUUUUGAAGUUCUUCUUAGCGUUAUUUGUGGAAUAUUCUAAACUAUAUAAUUUAAUUGCAUAUUUAUUUAUUUAUCAAUUGCACUUGAUGAUAUGAAAAGAAAAAUAUUUCUUUUAGAUCAGGUUUUUUAUUUAAUUAGUACUAAAAGAGUUAAGUGCUGUGAAUUUAAAUUAACUCCUACUAUAGAUAUUAAUUGUCCAAGAAGUAUUGAAGCAUGGAGUAUGUUAAGAUCUAUCUCUUUUGAUUAUGGAGCUUCAUAUCAUAUCAGAAAUUAAGUUUAUUUUACUGUUUUAAUACUAUUUUGUAUUGUCAGUUUAAUUUUUGUACUUCAAAUUAUUUUAGAUUAUUUUAUCAUUGAUUAUUACUAUUUAAUUACAUUAGGUAUUAUUUUCUUUAUUUAUUUUUUAUUUGUUUCAUGUUACUUAAUGAGUGCUGCUAAAAUAAAUGAAUAUUUUGAAGAUUUUAAUACUUAAAUUGAAAAUUUAAAAUUUAUAUGUUAAGAUGUAAAAAGAAUGAGAAAAUAUUAUUUUGAAGAUUGUUUAUCAGAACCUUAAAAUUUUAUUCAUAAAUCUUUUGUAAAUCAUUUAAAACAGUAAUAUGGAAAAGAUACAUUAGUUAUUUAUUAAAGAAUAGAUUGUUUAAUAGAAUCUCUUGAAAAUGCACAAAAACAUAUUAAAUAUGAUUGUAGAAACUAUCCUUUAAAACUAUAUGGUUUAAAAAUUACCUUUGAGAUUCUUCAAAACUUUGUAGUAGGCUUAUUUACUGUAAUAAGCUUUGUAAUUCAGUAGAGAUUUUCGUCCUGA